AUGGAUAUAACCAGUAUCGCCGGAGAUACUCCCAUGAUCAACAAGAAAAGAACCAAAGGCAGGCAAAAGAUUGAUAUAAAGAAGAUAGAAGACCCCAACAGCCUCCAAGUCGCCUUCUCUAAACGCCGCACCGGACUUUUCAAGAAAGCCUCUGAGAUCUGUGUCUUGACCGGAGCCCAAAUCGCCAUCCUGGUUACUUCCCCUGCUGGUCGGUUCUAUGGGUUUCGCCACCCCAACACCGACGUCCUGUUGGAUGACUUUCUGAAUGAUAACAACAAAGACGCUGCCACCAACACCACCACCGGUGGAGAGACGGGAGCCACCCAGAAGAACUAUCGAUCGCCACCGCCAACGCCCAUAAUGAUGGAGUUCAAUCAACAUUACUCGGAGGUUUCGAGGGAGUUGGAGGCUGAGAAGAAGCGCGGAGGAAAGAUUCCGGAGAGCAGCGGCGAAUCACGUUGGUACGACGAGCCUGUUGAUGGGCUGGAUGUGGAGGAGAUUCAACAGUAUCUUUGUUCGUUGGAUGAGUUGAAGAAGAAGGUUUUGACGAGAGCUGUUGAACUGACGAUGAUCAACAAAUCUUCUGAUGCGUUCUUUGGUUGGAACAAUGGCAUUCAACCUCCGGUGGAUCUUCCUGAAAAUACCGGAGUUGAUGGUGGUUUAAGCUUCCAGUACGAUGAAGAUUUUGGGAAGUUUUAG